CCGUAUAAUCUCCCACGUGGUUCAUCUGGCGGGAAAUUACUGGCGCCGGUAGCGUGAGGCAAGCAAGAAACAAAAACAACAAAAAUGGAUCCCCCUGCCGAUAUAGAUCAAAGACAAAGAGAGAUACAAAGAGAAUACUUAGAUUUUUUAGAUGAUGGGGAUGAUCAAGGGAUAUAUUUACAGAAGGUUCGGGACAUGAUAGCAAAUAGUGAAGUUCGGCUCAUUGUCAACAUAAACGAUUUGAGGAAAAAGAAUCCAACAAGGGCAAAUGCAUUACUGGCUGAGGCAUUUCAGGAGUUGAUAGCACUGCAGCGAGCUUUAAAAGAGUUUGUUGCAUCUGCAGAUCCUAUAUAUAGUAAACAGCAUGAGGCAUUCUUCGUAGGAUUUGUUGGAAGUUUUGGAAGCAAGCAUGUCUCACCAAGAACACUGACAUCAAGGUUUCUUGGCAACCUUGUCUGUGUAGAAGGAAUUGUAACUAAAUGUUCUUUGAUUCGACCGAAGGUUGUACGAAGUGUACAUUACUGUCCCAAUACAAAGAAGACGAUGGAGAGAACAUACACAGAUAUGACAUCUCUAGAAGCAUUCCCCUCCAGUUCCGCAUACCCAACAAAAGAUGAAGAUGGUAAUUUAUUAGAGACAGAGUAUGGUUUAUCAGUCUACAAAGAUCAUCAAUCAUUCAGUAUACAGGAAAUGCCAGAGAAGGCCCCUGCAGGUCAGUUGCCUCGAAGUGUUGAUAUUAUUGCUGAUAAUGACCUGGUUGACAUGUGCAAGCCUGGAGAUAGAAUACAGUGCAUUGGAACAUUUAGGUGUCUACCUGGAAAGAAAAAUGGUUACACCUCUGGAACAUUCAGAACAAUUCUACUCUCAAACAACAUACAGCUCAUGAGUAAAGAAGUGUCACCAACAUUCUCUGCGGAAGAUGUGGCGAAAAUAAAGAAGUUCAGUAGACAGAAGAAUGUUGAUGUGUUUGAUGUACUUGGUAAAUCAUUAGCCCCAUCAAUUCAUGGACAUGAAUACAUUAAGAAAGCUGUGUUGUGCAUGCUACUUGGGGGAACAGAGAAAGUGCUAGCUAAUGGAUCAAGAUUGAGAGGAGAUAUCAAUGUACUGUUGAUUGGAGAUCCGUCAGUGGCGAAAUCACAGAUGCUGAGGUAUGUUUUGCACACAGCUCCAAGAGCAAUAACCACAACAGGUAGAGGGUCUUCAGGUGUUGGUUUGACAGCAGCUGUAACUACAGAUCAAGAAACAGGUGAAAGAAGACUUGAAGCUGGUGCUAUGGUGUUGGCUGAUCGAGGUGUUGUAUGUAUCGAUGAAUUUGACAAAAUGUCUGAUCUGGAUCGUACUGCUAUACAUGAGGUGAUGGAACAGGGCAGAGUUACCAUUGCAAAGGCUGGCAUUCAUGCUAAGUUGAAUGCUAGAUGUAGUGUGUUAGCUGCAGCUAAUCCUGUGUAUGGAAGGUAUGACCAGUUUAAGACACCUAUGGAGAACAUUGGUUUGCAGGAUUCUCUACUGUCACGUUUUGAUCUGAUAUUUAUAGUACUUGACAAGAUGGAUCCAGAGUUGGACAGAAAUAUCUCAGACCAUGUGUUGAGAAUGCACAGAUACAGAAAUGCUACAGAACAAGAUGGUGACGCUUUACCAUUGGGUACUGGAGUUGACAUGCUUGCUACAACAGAUCCUGACUUGGAGGAGAAAGACGACACCGAGACACCUAUUUAUGAGAAACAUGACAAACUCUUGCAUGGGCCAGCAAAAUCUAAACAACAGAAGAUAGUCAGUAUGGGAUUUAUGAGGAAGUAUAUACAUGUAGCUAAAGCAUUGAAGCCUGGCUUAACUCAACCUGCUGCUGAGUUGCUAGCCGAGGAAUACACCAAGUUACGUAGUCAUGACAGCAUGUCACAGGAUAAUAUAGCUAGGACUGCCCCAGUUACAGCAAGAACAUUAGAAACAAUGAUCCGUCUGUCAACAGCACAUGCCAAAUGUCGUCUCUCUAAAACAGUAGAUCUCGUUGAUGCCGAGGCUGCAGUGGAGUUGAUUGAAUUUGCUUACUUUAAAAAGGUGGAGAAGAAACAGCGUAAACGUCAUCGUAGUGAUGGUGAAGAUGAGGGAGAGAGUAGUCAAGAUGAAAUGGAGACUGACAGUCAAACUGAUAAACCUGCAAAGAAAAAACAGAAAGCAGCAGGUGAGAAGCGUCCUAUAAGGAAGGAAGGGGAAGAAGGAUAUGAUCCCUAUGAUUUUGAAGAAGACGAGGCAUCUGCAGAUGAAAGCCAGCCAGAAAGACCUAGAAGGAAGCCACGCGGCCAAAGCCAAGAAAGUGAGACAAUGGACACCGGAAAAUCUGGAAGUAAACAUGUGGAUGAAAAGAAAUUGAAGACUUUUAGAGCUAAACUGUUUGACUUGUUUAAAUCCGAGCAUGCACAGUCUGUGGAGAUAGACAAGGUUAAAGGUCACAUGGGUGCAGAUUUCACCGAGGACGAGGUUUAUGGAGCUAUUGAAAAAAUGAUGGACGCAAAUCAAUUGAUGUUAGCUGAUGACGUUGUUUUCCUAAUCUGAAGAGUUCUAAUAAAGACAUUGCUGACAAAACUUAAUUACAUCGGAACUUCUGUAGUAUCUUUAUUUAUUUUCAGAAUUAUGUCUGUUGAAACUACUCAAUUGACAAGUCAUAUUUUGACAUGGAUUGUUGAUAAAUUAAGAUGAAAUACAGAUGCGAUCAAGAGUGAUUGAUCAAAUUACAAAUUAUGUUUGUGUUAUUUGUUUGACAUGUAUUAUAAUAUAUCUCAUAAAAUUUAGACAAAUAUUUUUUUGUAAAGAGACCCUAUUAAAGGUUACUAAUAUGAAUAACUUGUUUCCCAGUAAUUUGAUUGUGCUGUAUAAGAUUUAUACUCUCUACAGGUGUAAGUUUUCAGGAUUAUUCUCCAAAGUGCCCCUCUGUAUAAAGCUAUUUAAAAAAUGCUGAAUCAACAAUUUUCAAGAUAACUGAAAUUUCCAAUUUUGACCCAUAGACUUGCAAAGUGUGAUAAACAGAUUAAGACAAGAACAAAAUUAUUUUAUUUGUCUGCAAGGUUGAUACUUAAACAAUGUUCUUUUAGAAUUUGUUACUAUAUAUUUAGUACACUAUGGCAAUGGAAGUGCUUGCGAGAAAGUUGUUAAAAAUAGAGCAUUUGAGAAAAAAGGUGUUUUUGGAAACAAAAAUUUGAUGGUAAAUAAAUUUGAACUGUGACGGUGAGUUCAGUUGAAUUGUGUAUUGUAUACUCUAUAUGUUGGAAUUGAAAAUGUUGCCAUACAUCAGUAGUUAAUAGGCCAGUUGUUGGAUUUAUUAAAUUCAUCCUUGUGAGGAAGUUUUUAAUGAGUAUGAUUGACUAUGUCUUGUAAAAUUCUACAAAAGAAGGCGCAUGUGUUCUUCCUCUAAGCUGGAAUUUUGCCAUAUAUAAAAAAACAAAUGUUGAGGAAAGGGAGAAAAAAAAUCUUUUUGUUAUUCCUCGUUUUUGAUACCAGUAACGUGCAUUUUGAAUAAAUAAAAUCUUUUGUUUGUAAACAUUUUUCAUUUAUAAUAUUUUUAUGAAUUUUGAAACUGUUUCUAUGGAUGAAAUAAAAUUGUGAUGGUGUUCAGGUUAUAAAUUGUGCAUAUAUAUUGAAACAGAUUUUUAUGUCAAACAUUUUGCAAAUAACUAGAAAUGAAAUAAAAACAUUUUUCAUCUAAA